GUAAAGUUCGACGAGGGAAUAACAAGCUUCCGGGUUGGGUUUUCCAAAAUUUUGGUCGAGAUGUAGCGCUGAAAGAAUCCUUAUAUGUGACCGCUACGACAUUUGACAGCCCUAGAGGUCGAUCUGUGCGUUUUAAGAUCAACACGAUGGCUGAAUUUGGACAGAAAACGAUGUUUCUGAACGUUUCCUCAGUGAUUUUAUUUGCGCUCCUUAUUGGUGGUGUCAUGACAGACUGGUGUCUGCAGUAUGUAGAAGUUUCCGAAGGACACUACAAUUUUUCCUGUCAAAAUCAAAAUGACUGCCCAGAACAAUCUUAUAAAACGGAAUCAUUGUGCCGCCCAGUCCAGGAACUAUAUUUGAAUUCAUCGUGUAACAGCAAUGGUACUUUUUUUAAUGCGUCUGUUAUAAAUCAGCUAUGCAGUGACGAAAAUUUUACGAUUUCGUGCAUCAAUUUUACUGUAAUAGAAAAAACAGAUAUUUGUCAACCCUGCCAUGACAGUUGUUCAUCAUGCAGUGGUCCAGGAGAGAAGAACUGCACUGAAUGUAAAAUGGGUUAUCAUCGCUCAUUUUCUCCCGUGACAAGCACAGCAAUAAGUACAAGCACAACAAGUACAACAACAUCCAGUACAAUUGUGACUGAUGUUACUGAUGCUUACGACAAUGUGACAAUGAGUUCAAGUCAAGGAGCUAGGAGUGAACGAGGAAUCACGGACAGUUACAAUGAAACAACAAAUACAACACCAAUGACAACAUCAUCAACAACAGAGCCAACUACUGCAGCAGUGACAACGGGCGUACCAACCAUACGGCAAUGCGUGCCAUGCCAAGACACUUUAGGCCAGAAUACCACUGUUGACCACUUGGUGAAAAAAUGCACAGAAUGGCUAAAAUCUGGAAUGCCUCCAGUAGAAACNUAA